AUGAUGCCAAAAUUUGAUCCUGAAGAGAACGAUAUCAGUUUGUAUCUAGUCAUGUUUGAGCGCCAAGCAAAGCGUGCGAAUCUUCACCAAUCAGAAUGGGUUUCGGUUUUAUUGACAAUUUUGCCAACUGACAUAGUUCAGCUGAUUAUGCGAGAACCAGAACAGCAGGCUUAUGAUUACGCUUAUAUAAAAAGGAUACUGCUUAAAAGGUUCAAAAUUAGUCCAGAAAAAUUUCGCAUCAAAUUCGUGCAAUCUCAGAAACACCCCCAAACCACUUGGAGAGAUUUUGCCUUUGCAUUAAGGAAUUACUUUGAAGAAUGGAUUGCAGGUUUGGUAAUUACGGAUUUUGAACUUUUAAAGGAGCUCAUGAUAACAGACCAAAUGAAGCGUCGUGUAAAUGUCGAAGUGCGGCAACAUUUUAUUGACGAAUGGUCGAAGAUAACGACUCCAGAGAAAUUAGCGGAAAUGCUGGAAGAAUAUGAAAAUGUGCGUGAACCCCGGAAGAAGAUGUCUAUUGUUCAUAGUUCGGAGUCACUAAGGGGAAAUACAAAUAAUUUAAAUUCGAGGGAUCCGCUAAAGUAUCACCAGUCGGAAAGGGAAGAUAGAUAUGCCUCUGACAGAAAGGAACAUCUCUGGAAUCAGGAUGAGCGUCAAUUUGAUAUGAGAAGACCAUUUAAGUGUUAUUCUUGUGGUUCAACCCAACACUUAAGGCCUCAAUGUCCGGAAAUUAAAAGGGAUCUCAAAACUCCGUUUAUUGUAAAUAGAGUCCAGGAGAUUGAAGAAGAUUGUUUAGCCCCGUAUCUAACGAUGGCUAAAGUGAACGGUUUUGAUCUUCCAGUUUUGAGAGAUACCCGGUCAUGCAUUCACGUAAUUUGCAAGAAAUAUCGCACUCCUUCGAUGCUGACGGGCGAGACUGUUUGGGGUAAAACACCCGUUUGA